AAACCUAACAAGGAAGGCAGCUGAGAGAGAGGGCUUUGAGUUUCAAAGCAGCAGUCAGUUAGUCACCUUCUUCCUCUCCUCUCCUCUCCCCUGCUUUCCCCUUCCUCUGUAAACCCUUCUCCUCUUCCAUGGCAGCCGCAGUAGCCGCCUCCCCUACUGCCGUCGCCGCCAACACCAGCGUCUCCUCCAACCUCUCCAAGAAGCCCACCUCCAGCUCCCUCCCCCUCCACCCUUCCAAACCCCUCGCAAAACCCCUCUCCCUCACUGCCCACAAGCUCGCCGUCAGGAACUCCAUCGCCGCUUCCUCUAGGGACCCGAACUUUGAGCCUCUCCCCUCCGAAGACAACCCCAUCAAGAAUCCCCUCGCCGCGGCCUUUAAAAAUCCAAACUUUGAGCCCCUCAAGGGGAAAAGCCCCGCCUCCGACGGUACUUCUGACGUCGAUUUCUCCCUUGACAAGCCCCGGGAAGAGUGCGGGGUGGUUGGCAUCUACGGCGACACCGAGGCCUCCCGCCUUUGCUACUUGGCCCUCCAUGCACUCCAGCACCGGGGCCAGGAAGGGGCGGGGAUCGUGGCGGUCCAUGACAACGUCCUCCAGUCAAUCACCGGUGUCGGCCUUGUAGCUGACGUUUUCAAUCAGUCCAAAUUGGACCAGCUCCCCGGGAGCUCUGCCAUCGGUCACGUCCGCUACUCCACUGCAGGGGCCUCCAUGCUUAAGAACGUCCAGCCCUUCGUGGCGGGCUACCGGUUUGGGUCCGUGGGAGUGGCCCACAAUGGCAACCUGGUGAACUACCGGUCCCUCCGUGCCCAGCUUGAGGAGAGCGGUUCGAUCUUCAACACCGGCUCCGACACUGAGGUCGUGCUCCACCUCAUCGCCAUAUCAAAGGCUCGGCCUUUCUUUGUUAGGAUCAUUGAGGCUUGCGAGAAGCUAAAGGGAGCUUACUCGAUGGUGUUCUUAACCGAGGAUAAGUUAGUUGCCGUUAGGGACCCUCACGGGUUUAGACCUCUUGUGAUGGGCAGGAGGAGCAAUGGGGCUUAUGUGUUUGCCUCUGAGACUUGUGCUCUUGACCUGAUUGAGGCAACAUAUGUCAGAGAUGUGAAUCCCGGAGAAGUCGUCGUAGUCGAUAAGGAGGGUGAGCAUAACCUCUGUUUGAUGCCCCACCCUGAACCGAAGCAAUGCAUCUUUGAGCAUAUUUACUUUGCCCUGCCCAAUUCUAUUGUGUUUGGUCGAUCUGUGUAUGAGUCUCGGUCCAAAUACGGGGAGAUAUUAGCCACCGAGUCUCCUGUUGAUUGUGAUGUCGUGAUUGCAGUUCCCGACUCUGGGGUUGUGGCUGCUCUCGGGUAUGCAGCUAAAAUCGGGGUCCCCUUCCAGCAAGGGCUCAUAAGGUCCCACUACGUGGGGAGGACGUUUAUCGAGCCGAGCCAGAGCAUUAGAGACUUUGGGGUGAAGCUUAAGCUUGCUCCUGUAAGAGCUGUUUUGGAGGGAAAGAGGGUGGUCGUGGUGGACGAUUCAAUCGUGAGAGGAACCACCUCAUCGAAGAUCGUGAGGAUGCUAAGAGAAGCAGGGGCUAAGGAGGUUCACAUGAGGAUUGCGAGCCCACCCAUGGUUGCUUCUUGCUAUUACGGGGUGGAUACACCAAGCUCGGAGGAGUUGAUAUCUAACAGGUUGACUGUGGAGGAGAUUAGGGAGUUCAUAGGUUCAGACUCCCUUGCCUUCCUCUCAUUCGAUAGCUUGAAGAGGUACCUGGGCAACGAGUCUCCCAACUUCUGUUACGCCUGCUUCUCCAGGGAUUAUCCCGUGAAGCCUAGCGAGGUCAAGGUGAAGAGGAUUGGUGAUUUCUUGGAUGAUGGGCUCAACGGGAGCAUAGAGUCCAUCGAUGGAGGGUGGGUUCAAACUCGAACCGAGAAGGACAAGAUAGUUGGCCAGUCGGUUUAGUCCUCUGCUAUCUGAAAAUCCAACCAAGUUUCAAUCUAUGGAACAUUAUGCAACGACAGACACAUGGUGACGAUAAUUCGAUUUCCUGCUCUUGUCUAGUUUUGCAAGAGUUAAGACAUAAGGCCUCUUAGGUUUGUCAGAUGUUAUUGAUGGUGAAAGGUUAAGACAAGCUUUUAUUGAUAUAGGACUUCUUACCUCAGAAUCUGUUUCUUUACUCACCUUCAUUUGCAGGAAUGAGAGAUUUUUUGAGCCAUGUCCUCUCCCCUGUUUUUCAUAUUCAAAACAGAGCAACUCAUGUUAUUUUCAUGCCAA